ACACUCGUUCAGUCAUUGAACAGUUGCCCAACGCGUUGCACGCCGACGGCAGCAACGACGAGAGCUUCACUUCAGACCUCAAAGUGACUCUUUGUUUUCGUUUGCUCCGUAUUUUUUUAUUUUUUUUUGGCGCGCAUUCUAAAUUGGUUGCAAACAUUUUUGCAUUUUGUGACUAUUAUUUUGUUUUAUUUUUUUCAACUUGAUAAUAUUGUAUUGGUACUAAAGUCAAAGUCAAACAGGUGAAAAAAUGCGUGAUCAUCCAGCGGUGCCAAAUGUGUUUCGUGUUGCCUCAUCGCACAGCAUUAAUAGCAUGGGCGUUGCAACCACGCCCAGCAGUAAUAAUAUGCAGCAGCAGCAGCAGCAAUUAAAAAUGGGCGCCAAUAUCAAGUAUGUGAAAAGCAACAGCUAUGAGCAGCAGCAAUUAGCACAGUUGGAACCACAACUGCAACAGCAGCUGGCUAAGCAUCAGCUAACCACCAGCGCAUCCAUUGAGCAGACGCAUCAAUCGAUGCAGCCACAGCAAUCGCCGUACGCAACGUUGCCCCGCGGCGUUCUGCGACGCACGCAACAAGAACCACAGCAGCAACAACAAUACUCUAAGCAGCAGCAGAUACAGCACGAGUCGCAAAAGCAUCUGCAUACAGGUGUCAUCAAUACGAUUUCAGGCAGCAUUCCAGCGACGGGCUUUCAGUCGCUAGCUGGCAGCUUCAGCGAUUUGCAGCUCAACAAUUUGAGCCGCAACAACAACAUCUGCUCCACCAGCAGCAGCAACAAUAAUGACAAGCGACAGCAACAAUUGCUGUUGCACCACCAAGAACAGCAGCAACAGCAACACCCACCACACCAGCAGCGUCAAGUACCUUGCAAACCUGCCGAACAGCAGUGGGCAUCACUGUCGCCUGAGGAUACUGGUACCGCUCUGGAAGCCCAGCCUGGAUUUACAAGCAUGUCCAGCGCCAGAGGCGGUUACCUGUGGCUACUGACACCUGUUGCGGCUAGCAUUUCGGUGGCUAUCGUUAUCGCCGCCCUGGCCGGCCCCCAGUGGCUGUUCACGGAGGAGAAGCUGCCCAAUGUUAACUACAAUGGGACGGCCAACUUUAAUGCACUGGACGAUGGCGCCUAUGUGACGAAGUAUACCAAAUCUAGUCUCUGGAUUUUAUGCACAACGCUGCCAGGUCUUGAAAUGGACUCAUUCAAUUGCAUUAAAAUUGAUUACUUCCCUGAUGAGGACUAUCAACCAGAUCCACACGAUUCAACGUCUGCCAUCCCCUAUACUGUUACUCGGUCUUGUCCAAUAUUUCUGGGCGCCGGCAUUUUGUUGGUCAUCAGCUUCCUUAUGUUUAUGAUACCAACAUGUACGCAUCGGAAAUAUAUAUACUAUUUCAGCUCCGGAAUACUAUUUAUCGUCAGCGGUCUGAUCAUGCUCAUCGGCUUGAUUGCCUAUAUAUCUAUACUGAAGGCGGAGAUUGGCUCCAAGCUGCGAUCGCGAUCCACACUACAGCCAGCGCUCUUCAAGGUGAGCUAUGGCCAGAGCUUCUUCUUGUUCGUCUUUGGGUUCAUUGCCACCGAGUUUGUCGGAGUGCUAAACAUUUUUCUCUUCAUCAACAUGCACGAGAUGAGCUACUACAGUCGACUACCCUGCUUUAGUUUGACCAACAUACAUUCCACCACCAAGGAAGACGAGGAAUAUAAUGUGCUUAGCCACUCGUACAAGCGCUAUCACCAGCCGAACACGGCAACGGCGACGGCUGCCGGCCAGGAGACGAUGCCAGUGGCGGUGCGGGAGUCGCAAUAUCGAGCUGGUCAGCAGCAGCAGCAGGUGCGACCGGUGGCCCAGCGCUCGAGCAAUGCGCGAUUGCACCAAGUGCAUGAUGCGAGACGUGGACCCAGCCAGACGCAGACGCUGCCCGCAGGCUAUGCGUGCCUCAAGCAUCCGAACGCCAAUGGAGGCGACUCCAAUCAGAAUCUUUAUCUACACAACGAUCUUGAGCGUCGCUUCUACUUUGAGAAGCCUGCAGUCUCCAAGUGCAAUUUGCACUCUCGCAGCUUUGCCAAGUCAUUGAACGAGCUGUGUCUCGAGCCACUCGCAAGACCAGCACCAGCAGCAGCACCAGCACCAGCCCCACCGCCACCACCGACUACAACUAUGUUUGCCGAUUUGCCACAGGAGUUUCCGCUAACGCGCUCCGUGUCGACCACCACAGAUAUCUACACAGUGCCAACGGCGGUCCAGCUGAAGCGCAAACAGCUGCGCAACAUGGCCACCAACACUCGCACGGACCAGCGCGACGACGAAGAGGAGCAAACGGCGCAGCUGUGCGGGUUGAAGCGCGGCCUGCGCAAGACUAAGGAUGAGCUAUUCCAGGAAUUCUGUAAGCGGGCUGGCAUGCGCGCCAAGCCAAAGAAUAUCUACUAUAUUCCCAGCGAGGAUCCGGACGAUGCGCUUCCGCUCCAAGAACCACAACCCCAACGGCGCGGCUACGAGGAGAGCCAAAAGAGCCAUCACAAGAUGCAUGAUGAAGAUGACGCUGAUGGCGACGAUCAUGGAUUCCGACAGUUUCGCUCUGGUCCAACCUUGGACGAAGAACAUCUCUAUAUAGUCGGCGAUCACGCUCAGCUGGUGAUACCUCGGCGAGUGUCCAUGUGCGUGGAGCCUAUGCUGCCGGCGCAGCAGUUACGGAAACUGAACUCCAAUAUGUCGCUGCACAUGCCGCAAACAGAGGUGUGGCCCUGGAUGGCGCAACCACGUCUCGCCUCGGAGCAUGGUCAGAGCCGGACGCUGCCGCGCUGCUUCCUGCGCCAAACAGCCGGCAGUCAGGACAGCCUGGGCUCACUGCAAAGCAGCUACAGCGCCAGCCAGCUGCGCUUCUCGCAGCUGAUGCAGCAGCACCAGCAGCAACUGGAUCAGCAGAAUCGUUAUCUGUCCACGCUGACGCUGCCCCGGGCCGUCGAUGAGGCUCAGAUCAAACCGCAGUCGCAAAAGCAGCAGCAGCCGCUGCCACAGCCGCAGGCGCAACCGCCGCCACAGUCGGCGGUGCAGUGGCCUUCGGCUAUACCGUCCUCACCGUCCAACUAUGCCAACGGCUAUCCAAUGCCGCAGCCACUUUACGCUCCGGCUAUUGCUGUGCCAGUUUCCAGCAGCAUCGACGGCUCGCAUCCGCCCAAGUUCCAGCGCGCCUACGCCUUCGACGAUGCCCAGCGCCGGGCUAGCCAGGCUAGCUGUGCCGCUUCGGAAGCCUUCGAUCUGGACGAGAUGGAGCGCGAGCGUAGACGCUCCCAUGCCAGUCUCUUUGGUGGCCCAGGCAUGCCGCAGACACGGGAGCAAUACGACCUCAUCAAUGGCACCGCGGUUUAGACCGAAGCAAGAAGCCUAAGCCCGGAGAGCUAGCUGUACUAUGUCACGGCCAAACCUUCGAAAUCAAAUUGGUUGUAUCUGAAUCUCAAUGUUGAAUGUUAAAUGAAUAGUUUCAACAUGAAUAACUCUUAAGUACAGUUUCCCCAAUUCAUUUAUUCAUAUCAUAGAACGAUUGCAAGACAUAUGAAUCUAUAUAUCUAUCUCGCUCUUCAUGCAUAUAUAUUUCUAGAGUGCUCUUUC